AUGCAAGCAGCCGGCGAGUGGAUCGGUGACAUCGCCAGCUUCCUGACUAUCGCCAGCUUCGUGUGCAGCCUGUCCAUUUCGAGGCGAAUCUGUCGUGCCACAAGCUCCACCGACGUCGCAUUCUCGCCUCUAGUUGUUGGCAUCCUCUGCACACUCUUCUGGCUGCUUUACGGCCACGACGUUGGCGACACCAGAGUGACGCUCGUGGGCGCCUUCGGACUCAUCGUGACGACCGUCAACGCGACGAUGCACCGCGUCUUCGCUGAAGGCGCCUACACGGGUUCGCCACUGGCGGCGGUGCUUCUGCUGAUGUACCAUGUGCCAUCCAUGAUGGAAACAGAGCAGCUGGGUAAGGUGGCGUUCAUUUUUUCGGUGGCGUACCACCUGGUGCCAGUUAUUCCUUCCGUCACUAUGUUCACGCGGCUGCAGAUCAGCCUCUGGAAAAUCGUCAUUUUCGGACUUUGGACGGUGUACGGAGGGCUUGUCGAUGAUCCGCCACUGUUCACGAGCAGCUUGAUCGGCUUCAGCGCCGGCGUUAUCGAAUUCGCUCUUCGUUCCACGAGGCCGCCACCUGAUUCUCUUCGGCAGGAACUGCAGUAG